UAUCAGUCAUUCUUUCAUCGUUUUAAAGAAACAAACAGCUUUCAGUUGUGCGGAUCUUUUCUAUUUUGUCCCCCGCGAUUCGCCGUAAACGUAAGAAUGGCGACCGUAGCGUUGGUUUCUCGUCCUGCGAGUGUCCUUCCAAAGGUUUCCAGUAGCCUUUCCCCUGCUAUAGCUGCUGCUGCCUCUGCUGGUCAACAGAGGAAGCUGCACUAUGCCAUCAUCCCCCAAGGAAAGGGAGGACGCUCCUCUGCAAGUGGAAUAGCCGCCACGGUGUUUGGUGCCACUGGCUAUUUGGGACGAUAUGUAGUUAAUCGCCUGGGUCGAAUUGGCUCCCAGGUUGUAGUCCCUUACCGCUGUGAUCCGUACUACAUCAUGUUUAUGAAGCCCAUGGCCGAUCUGGGACAGUUCUUUUUCAUGGAGUGGGAUCCCAGAAAUAAGGACACGAUCAUGAAGGCGAUUGAGCACUCUAAUGUGGUCAUCAACCUGGUAGGCAAGGAGUAUGAGACGAGGAACUUUGGCUUUGACGAGGUCUAUGUUGACAUUCCUCAGCGGAUUGCCAAGGCCACCAAAGAGGCGGGAAUCAAAAAGUUGAUCCACGUUUCCCACCUCAACGCCGACAUAAGGAGCUCAUCCAAGUACUUGAGGAGCAAGGCCGUAGGAGAGCAUGCGGUCAGAGAGGAGUUUCCAGACGCCGUCAUCUUGAAGCCUUCUGAUAUGUUUGGGAAGGAGGACAAUUUCUUAAACUACUUUGCAGAUAUCAGCUGGUUUGGUGACACCGUUCCUAUGAUUGACCUUGGGAAGAAGACAGUGAAAGAGCCUGUUUAUGUGGUGGACGUGGCUAAGGCCAUCCUCAGUGCUGCGAGUGACCCCGACGCCAAUGGAAAGACGUUUGCAUUGGUCGGCCCCGACCAUUAUCUCCUUCAUGACCUGGUGGAGUACAUCUACGGUGUGAUAUACCGGCCUUUUAACCCUUACUCCAUCCCCCGUCCACUCUACCACCUUUUGGCUCGGACAUUUGCAAUGAACCCAUACAAGGCGUGGACGAGCCCAGAAAAAGUGGACAGGUUGCACCUCACAGACAUGAAGCACCCAGGACUUCCUGGUCUGGAGGAUCUUGGAAUCACUCCCUCCUCCCUAGGACAAAGGGCUGCUGAAAUCAUGCGUCGCCACCAUAGACAUCUUCACAAGGAAGCUGUACUGGAACCACCGCUACCACCCAAGAUACUCAGCGUUUAAAAUGCUUGAAAUAAUUUUACCAUCGCCGUGGCAGUACAUCGUCUGCACUGUACUUUUGUCACUAAGUCUAUUCUGUACAUAAAUAAAAAUAAUUAUCCUGUAACAGGUU